UUAUACUUUUUUUCUGUUAGGUGUCCUUGUUGCGGUGGGAAAGUGUUUGAGGCUGAAAGAAGGGAGUCAGGAGGUAGAAUGUAUCAUGAUAAUUGUUUCUACUGUACAUUAUGCAGAAGAAAACUCGAGACUGGUUCAUCACAUGACCUGGGAGAAAUACUGGUGUGCAUGAACUGUUAUAAAAGGAAUACAGUUCAAGCUCAAGAUCUAGUUCAUUCAAACAAUACUUCAAUUAUUAAACCAGGGCCUGGAGUGAAGGGAUGUCCACGCUGUGGUGGUGUUGUGUACACUGCUGAACAGGUUCUGAGUAAAGGAACACCUUUUCACGCCAGAUGUCUCAGUUGUGCUGUCUGUCAUACUGGACUAGACAGGUCGUCUUACUUGCCAGGAAUGGGAACAGAUACUGAAGUAUAUUGCAAAGUUUGCUAUGGAAGAAAAUUUGGAGGUUUAGGAUACAGGGGAGCUCUAACCGGAACUUGGGUUGAUUCAGAAACUGCUCAUAUCCUCAGACCUUCAACACCAUCAGAGCUUCAAUCAAUAAAACCAAAGCCUGGAGACACUAGCUGUGUAAGGUGUGAGGGGAAAGUAUUCGACUGUGAAUUGCUUCGAACAAAGACAGGAUCUUUUCAUAAGGAUUGUUUCAACUGUAAAGAAUGUAAAACAGCACUUCAUGUGGAUCUUGCUCGAGCAAUCAUUGGACCGGAUCGGGAAGUUUACUGCAAAAAGUGUCAUGGUGAAAAGUUUGGUGUGAGUAUUCCACCUUCCUAUGCAGAUCUAAAAGCUAUUGUGGCGAAGGAUGGAGAUGGAUGUCCCAGGUGUGGGGGCAAAGUGUUUUCGGCAGAGCAAAUUGUGGAAAAGGGAAGAAACUUUCACCAAAGUUGUUUUACAUGCAAACACUGUAAAAAAUAUCUAAAUGACAAACUUCAAGUGUUUGUGCAUGAGGAGGAGGUGUAUUGUAAGACCUGUUAUCCCAAAGUAAGUUAUAAACCUCUAAAUCUGAUGACGAGUACAUCCUUGAUUAAAGGCUCUCAAUCUGAAUCUUGUCCAAGAUGUGAAGGGAAAGUAUUUGAAGCGGAGAAAAUACAAACUCGAAAAUAUAUCUUCCAUAAAUCCUGCUUUUGUUGUAAACAAUGUAAGCACAUAUUAGAUUAUAGUAAUAUGUACGAAAGUAAAGAAGGGGAGGUUUUCUGCAAACCUUGUUACCUAAAUCUUUUCUUUACAAAUGGAAAGAAUAAGUAUCUAGAAAAGAAUCCUCUACCCGCAACCGAAGGAGCGACGGCUUGCUUAAAAUGUGGUUUCAAGGUGUUUGACGUAGAAAAGGUGUUAACUAAGCACGGAGACUUUCACAUUUCAUGUUUGUCAUGCAAUAACUGUUUGAAAACUCUGACCACAGCAAACUAUUUUCUGGGUUCUGACAAAAGUAUGUUUUGCAAAAAUUGCUAUGAUGCAUUGCAUGGACGUAGAUCACGCUCCAGGUCAAGAGGCCCUGUCAAUGUUUCAGCAUUUCAAGCAGAUCUUGCAGAUCCAAAUCAAUGUGAAGGAUGUCAUGGUAAAAUAUUUGAAGCUGAGAAGUUUUCCACAUGUUUUGGCCUCUUUCAUGCCUCUUGCUACAGGUGUACCAAAUGUUCAAUAAGCCUUCACACCAGCCAAAACUCUGCUUGCUCAAGAAAUGGAAUGGUUCUGUGCAGACAAUGUUAUGGAAGAGAAAGAUCUAAAUCUCUCAUUGCUGGUCAUGAUGAGGAUGGAAGCUUGAUAUUUGCUAAAUCAAUUGUAGAAUCUCAAACCAUACCGGCAGAUGAUGGAGAUCCUUUUAAAUGUCCAAGAUGUUCUGGUAAAGUUUUUGAAGCUGAAAAGAUGAAAAUGAAAAGUGGAUGUUAUCACAAGAAAUGUUUUUCAUGCAUAGAAUGCUGUCGCCCUUUGAAUUAUAGUUUGGCCACUGAUGGGCCUAAUCUGCAGUUGUAUUGCACAACAUGCUAUUCUAAGAAUUUUGGUCCUCAAACAUUUAAAACAGAUGUAGAAGCUCUAUACAAAACUCAAAGUUGUCAACCAUCUGAUGGCUCUGGAUGUCCAAAUUGUGGAGGAGCUGUUUUUGAAGCUGAAAAAAAUAUGCUAAAUGGGAAAGCAUAUCACCUAAAAUGCACAAAAUGUGCUUUAUGUUCUACACGACUUACACCUGGAAGUGUUUGCAAUGGUGCAGAUGGGUUUAUAUAUUGCACCGGAUGUUAUUCCAGGCUUUUUGGAAGUUCUACAUACAGGGGCGCUAUGACCCAAAAUUGGGUUGAUGGAAAUCAAAAAGUGAAGAAAGUUUUUAAGACAAAUGGCUUAAUGGAUCCCAAUGUUUGCAAUAGGUGUCAAGAAAAAGUCUUUGAGCGUGAAAGAAUAAGCAGUUCAACAGGUGUUUGGCACAAAUUCUGUUUUUAUUGCAAUGGAUGCAGAACAACAUUAUCACCAGCUUCAGCGGCAGCAUUCAAAUCACCAGACAAACAGAUCUAUUGUAACUCAUGCUACUUCCAAGCCUUUGGAGAAGGAACCAUUCCUGAGAGUUACACAGACAAUUCUAAAAUCAAACAAAGCUGUGACGGGGAUUCCUGUACUAGAUGCAUGGAAACAGUCUAUGAAGCUGAACGAAUAAGAAUUUCUGAAAAUGUGAUCUUCCACAAAUACUGUUUUACAUGUGCAGGCUGUCGAACAAAUUUAGAUACUUUAAAGGUUUUUCUUGGUCAAAAUGAUGAUGCAUAUUGUAAGUCAUGUUACACAAUGAUGUUGGCUACUUGCAAACCAAACAGAGAUAAGUCAACUGAUAUACUUAAAGCGGACCCAAAUGAACAAAAUGGUUGUCCCCGGUGUGAAGGCAAGGUGUUUGAGGCUGAAAAACUACAAACAAAAUAUCACAUGUACCACAAAGCAUGUUUUUCUUGCAGUUUAUGUUCACAUAAGUUAGAUGCAUCAACAUUUAUAGAAGGUCAACAUGGGGAAAUCUUUUGUAAAACAUGUUAUCAGAGAGAUGUAAACUCUAACACCAGACAUGCUUAUUUGGAAAAAAAAGACGUGAAAGCAAAUGAUUCUGAAAAAAACUGUUGCUUAAAAUGUCAAAACAAAGUAUUUGUUGUUGAUCAAAUAAUUAUCGGAAAUGGUGUUUACCAUAACUACUGUCUUCAAUGUUUUAACUGUCAAGCCUCACUUAGCAGAAGUUCAUUGUUUACUGGGCCCCAAUCUAAGAUUUUCUGUAAAAACUGCUAUAACAAUCAAUAUGGUGUCAGAGGUCGAGCUGGUUCAGUAAGUCGUAAAGAAUUCAACGAAACUGAAUUUGAAGCAAAUUUAGACCCCAACAGAUGCAAAAGAUGCAGUGGCAAGGUAUUUGCAGCAGAAAAAAUGUUAACUAGUAAUGGGCUAUUUCAUAAAGAGUGCUUCACUUGCUACUUAUGUUCUUGUAAUCUAAGCCCAAAUACUUGCAAUGCUGGACCAAAUGGGGAAAUCUUUUGCCAAAAUUGCUACAAGGAAGAAUAUGGAAUAUAUUCCCGUAGACCAAGGUCUAGAUCACGAUCAUGUCCAGGAUCUAGGAACCAAGUUCAAUCUCCAGAGAACUCUCUUUUCAAUUUGGAUAGUGAUGAAGGACACCAGAUAAUAACUAAGUCAAUGGUGUAUACAUCCUCAAUAAAAGCAGGAGAUGAUGAUAAAGACAAAUGUCCUAAAUGUGGCGGAAAGGUUUUUGAAGCUGAACGAGUUUCAUCAGGAAAAUAUGCGUAUCAUCGUCUGUGCUUUACAUGCUCUGAAUGUUUUCGAGGUUUGGACUCCUUCUCUUCUUGUACAGGACUCAACCAACAGUUAGUAUGUAGCAGUUGUUAUAAUAAACUCUACGAUCCAAUUAUGAGAAAUUACAAUCAAGAAAACUCUAUGAAACUCAUGCAAUCAAUGUAUGUUGAAUCAAAAGAUCAAAAGUCAGGUUGUUUCAGGUGUCAUGGCACUGUUUAUCCCACAGAAGGUGUGAGUACUAAUGGAUACACAUACCACAAGCUCUGUCUAAAAUGUUGUUCCUGUGAUCGGCAACUGGGGAUCACAAAUCUGCUCCAAGGCGCAGAGAAUAGAAUUUACUGCCAAGGGUGUUAUGGUAAACUUUUUGGAGUUGUCGGACUUAGAGCAAACAUCUCAGUAAAUGUUCCACUUCCCAGUAAAAUUGAGAUAAAGCAUCAUGAAGAGACUGUAGAGAAUUCGGCAUCUUAUAAGGUAAAGAUGACUGAAUACCACUACACUUCAUUUUUCUAGCUUUGUGGAUAUCUCGAUCUCGAUGCAGAUUUACAGAUUUUGACAUUCUUAGAAAUUUUUUUCGCAACUCAAAAUGUAUUUUAUUCUUUAUUGUAAUGUAUUCAUAAUUAAUAUUUAGAUAUUUGUAUUUGGAUUUGUAUUGUAGAACAAAAUAAAGCGUGGAAACUUG